AUGAAGUAUCAAACUGAAUAUCAACGAAAUUAUCAAAAUCGUUCACCAAAAAAAUUUCAUGAACUUUCAGCUGAAGAGCGAAAAUUAAGCGAAGUACCAAUCAAACGUUCAUUAUCAUCACCAUCUCGUCGUCGUCGAUUAUCACCAAAUCGUUAUUAUAAUGAUGAUAAUGAUUUUGCUGUUAUUGGACCAAAUGAAAAAUUUUCUCAGUCAUCUCUUUAUCGAUUGAAACAGCCAUUUAAAAAUUAUCCACGUGUUGCUAAAUCUCAAGAAUAUGUUGUUUUAGGAAGAAAUGAAAAAUUUGCAGAUAAUGUUAUUUAUCGAUUAAGAAAUCCCAUUAUAAGAGAUUCACCUAGAGUUGUAAUACGACGACGUAAAAAUGAAAAUCAUUCAUGUGGUAUUCAAACUGAACUUGAUAAAGCAGCUAGUAUUUCCUAUGAUCAUCGACAUAGAAAACGAAUUGAACCAAAAAGUGAAUAUAAACAUAAAUACAAUUGGACACAACCACCAAAUAUUUCAGUUCAUGAUCAAAAACCUAUAGAAAAUUCUCAAUGGAAUGAUCGCCGUUUCGACAUCAUGAAGCCAUCAUCUAUUGUUAAUCCGUCGGAAAAAAUUUCUAAAGGUGUCAAUACACCAUCACGUUUAGAGAUCGAUGUUCAUGCAAAUAAACAACACGCAAAACGAACUCCUAUUGAUUCAACAAAGCCUUUUCGGCCAACAAGAGAUAAAAGACAUGAAUAUCGAGCAUGUCAUAGACGAAUUAUUGAUCCAAAACAACGAAAAGCAUUUGAAGCUGAGGAAGUUGACGAACGAAAACGAAAAAAGUUUGUAAAAGUUGAUCAUGCUCAUACCGAUGAUGAAGAUAUUGGUAGAAAUAUUGAUUUAGGAGAUGAAUUUCGACAAAAAUAUCCACAUGGAAAAUUAAGACGUUGGAAAUCCGAAUAUCAAGCAACAUAUAAACCAUUCUGGCGUUUUGAUUAUAAGAAUGGUAAAUGGUAUAAAGAUACAGCAGCAGAUGAAACAGGUUUUAAUCCAAAUUUAUUUUGGUAUCAAGAAUUAAUGGCAACACGAAAACGAGCUAAUGAAUAUCGUGCUAAUGCAGAAAAAGAUCAUUUCAAUCGUGAUUAUAAUCUUCAAUUACAAACAGGCUUCAAUGGAGAAAAUAACUAUCGAGAAUGGAACGAUGAUGAUGAUAGUGAUACUAUUAGUGUUAUUUCAAUUGAUCGUGAUUUAGAACGAGAACGUAUUGAAGGUGAACGUCGUCGUGAGAAAGAUGCAAGACGAAAACAACAUAAACAAAUUCACUAUGACAAGCCAAUACAAACUGAAAAAGCAUUUACAUAUAAAACGGAUCAAACAGUUCAAACUGAACAUCCAACUGAUCGUAUCGUUUAUAUUGAUGAACCACCACCAAAACAACCAAGUGUAGCUACAAAAGCUUUUGUACGUAAUCUUGGUUCAUCAUCAAUUCAACAACAUAUGUCAUGGGAUUCGGAAAGUCUUUAUAGUCAAGAUACAAAUUCAGAUAUAGACUCAUAUCGAAAACAGUAUACAAAUGAUAAUUUAGCAAAUCGAAAAAGUAUUAUUCGUAAAGGAUUAUCGAAAAAACAAGAAUCUCGAGGAACAGGAACACAUUCGCCAACAUCCAUUGAACGACAACAAAACAAUCUCAACGAUGGUUACAUUUCAUCACAAACAAAUCAACGAUCAAUUCAACCAAAUGAAUUUAAUACAUUUGCUACUCGUUCAGCAACAAAUAAUCAGGAAUCUCAUAAUGCUACUGGUCGACCAAGUUAUGAUACACAGAUAUUUGAUAAACGUCCUUAUACCAAUUGUUCAUAUCCAGGUAGUCGAUUUAAAGAUGAAGUAACAGAAUAUUAUUACGGUAGAGAUGACAAUAGACAACAACAUCAACAUACACCUACAUCAAGACCUUCAUUUCAAAAUCAUUUACAUUCACUUAAUGAAAAUUACGAUCAAACUUAUCGUACACGUUGUAAAGAUGAUGAUGUUCUGUCAGUGAAUUCAGCUCGAUCAUUAACAUCAAGUUGUAGUUUAGCAUCACAAACACUUGAACGUGCUCAACAAAAUAUGAAUAAAUAUUGGGGUGGUCAUUCACCAACAUUAAACUAUUCGCUAAAAAAACCAUGUUGUGCUGAAAAUUAA